AUGGAUGAGUUCGUGAAAGGAGAUAAAGUGGAAGUAUGCAGCAAAGAAGAAGGUUACGUGGGGUCUUACUUCGAGGCCAAGGUAUUGUCGAAGCUUCCCCACAGAAACUUGUACAAGGUUAAGUACAAGAAUCUUGUGACGGAGGGUGAAGAUCCUCUGCCACUCAUCGAAAUCAUCUCCGCCGACGAGCUCCGUCCGAUGCCUCCCAAAUUAUCUCAGCCGUUGACGUUUCACCGCGAUGACAAGGUUGAUGCUUUCGACUUAGACGCGUGGUGGGUCGGUUACAUCACCGGCCGGAGAGGCAAUUUUUUCUCAGUUUACUUUGAGACGACCAACGAGAAGUGCGAAUACUCACUUGAACGUAUGAGGAGGCAUCUCGAUUUGGUUAAUGGACACUGGGUUUCUUCAGCAACAAGGCACCACUUAUAUUCUUGA